ACCGCAUAGCGCACGGGAAUACAAAGAAAAAAAAUAAUAACAAAAGGGAAAGGAAUACAAGCUGCUGUGAAAGACCGAGAGAGAGAGAGAAAGUAAAAAAAAUCUUCUGACAUCACCCAUUUUGCGGAGAGGAAGCGCCGCAGCUAUACACAAGGAGUAGCUAUAUGUUUUCGGGGGAUUUCAAACCUACGAGCGCCUGCUUAAUUUCAUAAAAGUGUUUUGAAAUAUGCCAGGAAUUCUGCUUUUGUGUUCAGCGUUCUGUUUUUGGUGGAUAUUUACACCAGUCACUUGUGAAACAGAUUUCAACACAUGCAGCUUUUUCUACUGGAGAGUAGGCUGGGCUGCGGCUGUUCGUAAAUGCAGAGAAGACAACAAACAGCUGCUGUGUUACAAGUCCAAGAAAGAAAUUGAUGAUAUCACAGAAGCUUUCAGAUUAUCUGCAUUCGGUAAUGCUGAGCUUGAGCUCUGGUUAUCCAACAGGAAUUGCACUACGGAAGAAAAAAUGGAAGAAUGUCUGUCUUUGCACAUAGAAAAGUCUACUGCUGGCAUAUGGCACUAUUUUCAGAGAGACUGCAAGAAGCGUUUUCCCUUCGUUUGUUGUGUUAAUGGAACAGGUAAUAUUGAAUCAACUCUCCUGUACACCUCCACCAGCAGCAAAGCUGUGAGCAACACGACUGUCACUUCACCUAUUACGGCAACCACCAUUAGUACGUCUUUUUGCAAGAAAGUAAGAAAACGAGGAAUAGAUUGGCCCAAUACUGAAGUUGGUAAAACUGCUCUCCAGCCUUGUCCUGGAAAGUCGACAGGUAGUGCCCGGUGGAUAUGCCAGAAAGAUGUAGAUAAUGCAAAAUGGAAAGAAAAUGGUCCAGAUUUUUCAGAAUGCCGUUCUCUUGAAAUAAAAAAUUUAAAAGAGAAAUAUAAUUCAUCCACUGCCCUGGAAGUCAUCAAUGAAUUAGAGAUGAUUUUUCAAGAUAAAGAUAAAGAAGUGUUUGGAGAAGACCUGGCUGAUGUGAUAUCGCUAAUGACGUCACUGCCGAAUCGCUUAUUUGAGGAGAUAGGCUCGCUUCCGAGUGACUCACGUUGGAAAUCGACAAAAGAAUCGGUUGGCAAAUCGAUGUCUGUGUUCGACCAUAUGAUUGAGCUUGAUGAUACAUGGCAAGACAUCUCAAAGUUGAAUAAGACGGAAGUGGGAACUCAUCUUGUCGCUACCAUAGACGAGAUGGGAAUACAGCUAGCAGAUGCUAUGGGAGGAAUUGCAGAGGAACAAAGUAUCAUCGGAAAAAAUAUCGCAAUGCAAAUAAUGAAGAUGAAACCAGAUGAGUCAGUAAUUCUUCCGCAAUGGGAUGUCACCAGAUUCUAUAGUCACACAGGUAGUAUCUUUUUCGAGAAAGGUUAUGACAGUCAAAUAGAUUCAGGAGGAGGGAACGUUUCCGUGGUGUUUGCUCUGUAUGGUGACAUGACUAAUGUGUUGGCUCCAAAGCAUAACCCGAGCAAGGCUAGCGAUCCAAGUUCUUUAAAUUCCGCAGUUGUCAGUGCCACCUUAACUCAGGAUAGAAAGCCAAUCGCCGUUUCCAAAGAAGUGAAGAUACUCGUAGAACAUCUAACUCCUAAUCCUAACGGGACUGCAUGCGUGUUUUGGAAUUUUCGAAGUCAUGACUGGGAUACAAGUGGUUGCCGAGUAGAAAGUUCAAAUGAUAGCUAUACUGUUUGCGUUUGCAAUCACCUCACGAAUUUCGCCGUGCUUAUGGAUUAUGAAGAUAUUCUCUACAAAGUGGACCCGCUGCCGUUGCAUUACAUAACCCUUGUUGGAUGCAUUCUGUCUAUAAUUUGCCUCAUCCUCUGCGUCAUUGUGUUCUCGUGUUACAGUUACCACAGCAGACAUUCCUGGGCCCUUCGGUACGUCAUUCAUCGAAAUCUGUGUCUUACACUUUUGAUAGCCAACUUAGUCUUGAUUUUCGGAAUAGACAGAACAGAUAAUCAGAAAUUAUGUACUGUCAUAGCUGGACUUUUGCAUUAUUUUUUCCUGUCCGCCUUCAGCUGGAUGUUACUGGAAGGUGUUCACAUUUAUUUACUCUUAGUCGUUGUUUUUGCCUCAAGACGGUCUCACAGUGAAAAAUAUUAUAUUUUUGGAUACGGAUUUCCCUUGUUUGUUGUUGCAAUAACUGCUGCCGCUCGUCCAACAUACUAUGGCACGGAUGAAAACUGCUGGCUGUCCACAGAGAAAGGAACCAUUUGGGGUUUUAUUGGACCAGUAGCUGGUAUCCUGUUAGUUAACACUGCAGCUUUACUUCUUGCUCAGUGGAAAGCUAGCAAAAUUUCAAUUAAAGACGACAACAUUGCUCUCGUAAAGCGAUGGUUGCGUGUCACGUUCAUAUUGUUUCCUGUACUUGGAAUAACUUGGGUGUUUGGAUUCUUUUACGUUGGAAAACAUUUUGAAAUUGCUGGAUAUCUAUUCACUGUUUUCAACUCUUUUCAGGGUUUCCUUAUCUUUGUAUUUCACUGCUUAAUGGAUAAGAAGGCAAGAAAUAUGGUUAUAGCAUCUUUCAAAAAGAAGACUGCGUCUGUUAAUACAGGGAGCAGUGGGACUCAGAAGAAGUCUAAAGGUCUGCAAGUGUUUUUCGUGGAAAAAGCUGCAAAAGUUCCUUUACAAGAUAAAAAGGAUUUCAAGAACAUAUCUGAACUCAACAACUCAUCAGAGCUGACAAAAAGUAAUUUUCAGAAAAGAGACUGGAAAAAAUGGAAGAAACCAUGGUCAUUUUGUUUCGAUAUGCCUGUAUCAGAAAAUAAUAGCCAAGGUUCACCAGUCAAAGAUCCAUCCAAGGCAAUAGUUGUAUGUUUGAACAGUGUAAAUGGUAGAAAUUGUCAAUAG